AUUAAAUAAAAUAAUUAAAGGAGAUUAUUGACUUUCUAAGAAACGGUUUGCUUUGAUUUGGUUCUACAUUGCCAUGCAGAAAAAUUAUCUCAAAGCUACAGAACAAUAUGGAAUAAAGUUCAUUGUAUUAGUAAAUAUAAUGAUUUUUUGUAUAUCCUCUAGAGGGCACCGCUAAUAAUAUUUUUGAAAUAUAUGUAUAUAUAUACAUACUUUUUGAGCGCGUUUAACUGUAAAGUGGUAAACCGUCAAUCUUUUUAUCUCGAAAAACAUUUCUUAAAUUUAAUAAGAAAUGUGUGACCUUAUAGAUUUAGACAAUUCCACGGGUACUUCAUUGAAUACAAAAUUAGCAUCGCCGUUAAUUCCGGUACCUUCAAAUAUAGAACAUAGAAAUUUAAAUAUUUGUUGUGAUAGAAAUAAUACAUUGAUAAUAGAAAAACGUGAAAGUUUAGGUAAUAAUCCUUUUGAUAUGCUACUACAUAAAGCGAUAGAAUAUGUCAAUAAGGAAGAAGAUCCAUUUGAAAUAGUAUAUGAAAAAGCUUUAAAAGGAACUGACAUUGCUGUAUUAGAAAAUAAGACCAUUAAUAUUAUAGAUGAUUUCAAAUCUACAUACACACAAUUUUCGUGUGAAUUAAAAGAAGGUAAAGUUUUGGAUGAAUCUUUUUCAAAUCCUGAUCUUAAAAAAUCUACAGCUGAGAUAAAGUCAUUAAAUUCAUCAAUAUUAAAUCACUCUGCAAUGAAUGAUACAUUAUAUGAUACAAAUUAUAAUAGGGAAGAAAAUGAAAUUAAAUGUAUGGUUCAACAUAAAGUACCAUUACAUAUCCAAGAAACUGAUAGAGAUAUGAAAAAUUUGAUCCCAAUAAAUAUAAAGUCAAUACAAAUGCGAUCAUAUUCUCAAGGUGAUAUAAUACAUGAAUGCAAACAGCUGUUAAAAUAUAGAUCAAAUUCUGCAACAGAAACAUUAAAAACUGACGGAAUAAAUAUAAAUGAUACAGAAGGCAAGUCUUCUUCAAUAUUUAAUGAUCAACUAAAUAAAGGCUUCUUAGAAGAUCAAUACAAUGAUGUCUCUGUAUUUUCUACUAUAUCAAAUAUUUCUAGCAUUACAAGAAAUUCUGGUUCUUUAACACAAAAUUCUAUGGCCUCAAUGGUAUCAAAUAAUACUAUGAAUUUUGCCUUCUUAGAUAAUUAUUCUUCAUUGGUAUUUUGUGAUACAAAAUUAAAUGAAAGGGUGAAUAGUACUAUGAAUAAAGUAUCUGUAAGUUCUGGAACAUCAUUACCUAUUACACCAGCUCAAAAACAGAUUGAUAUAUCCGUUUUAGCACAAAAACUGAAUGAAUUAAAAUUGAAGACAUCAGAAUUACAAGUUUCUCAAAAAGAUAAUAAUGAAAGUGACAAUCAACAUAUAAAUACAAGAGCAACAUUUGAUGUUGAUGAUAAAUUGCUUGAUAUUGAUGUUUGUUUACCUGAAAUUACAUUUUCUAAGUUAUCUAAUAAUAAUACUAAUUCAGAUGCUUCUUCUGAUUCCAAUUUUCUUAAAAAUAAUAACGUAAAUAAAUCAAUAUUAAAUGAGGCUAAAGCUCUUGCAAAAACAUUUGAAGAAUAUGCAGAAAAAGCUUUAGGAUCAAAUUCAGAUGAACUGAUUAUAGAUGAUCCUAUGUGGACUUCAGAAUUAUUGCCAGCAUUUGAAGAUGACAUAGUAGAUGACUUAAUUGAGGUACCAUCUUUAAAUGCUAAUAAUAGGGAAGAGAAGAUUGGUGACAUCCUAUGUUAUAAUGAUAAAACAAAAUCACAGAAUAACAUUACAAAAAAUAUAGAAAUAGUUCCUUUCAGUCAAAUUAUUGCUGAUAAAAAAGCUACCUCCACUUUAUUACUUGACCUCAAAAAAAUAGUCACAACAGAAAAUAAUUCUGAGGCUAACAGACUACUUGAAAAUUUAGAAAAAGUUUUAGGAAUUCAAUCCAGCAAUAUUGAAUUAUUAUCUGCAUAUUUGCAAACAACAAAUGAUCCAGAAAAUAUCAAAAAUACAAAAGAAGAAGAACAUGAUAAUAAGAGUCAUCUGGACGAUUUAAAAAUUCAUGAAAACAAAGAAUUAUGUUGUAAUAAUAAAAUAAAGAGUCGUGAAGUACUCAAUGAUAGUAAACAACUAUUAAUAAACGAAAAUAAAAUACAAAAUGAUUUACCAUUAGUAAAUACACAAACAGAAAUUUCUCCAAAGAAAGAAAGAUCUGUUGAUAUAGAAAAAAAAGAAAACGAUGUUGAUAUUAACAAUUCUACUCGGGAAAAUAUAAAAACAAAUAAUGAUGAAAAUAAUAAAACAGAGAAUAAUGAAAAAGUUGCAGUAGAGCUGCUUAUCAAUUUAGGUAAAGUAUUAAGUGGACAAUCUAACGAAUCAGCGACACUGAAUUUGUUAAAGAAUUUAGGGGAAGUAUUAAAUUUAGUAUCAAAAAAUAAGCAAGAAAAAAAUAAUGAACAAGAUAAUAUAAUUUCUACAAAUAUUGGAAGAACAUCAACUAAAGAGAAAUCUGGAAAUAAAGUACAAUCUACAAUAUCAUUAAAAGUAAAACAAAGACGAAGUUUGGACUUAAUAUCAAAGAUGAAACCAUCUAACCAGAAAGCAUUUAGAAGGAGUACUUGUGUAACUAGUGCAUCUCCUAACAAAAAGCUGCAAAAUUCAUUGAUACUUAAAGAUAAUAACAAAUCUCAAUUAAGUAAGAGUAAAAAGCGUUUUCCUAGUGAUCCAGGUUCAAUUAAUCUGGUCUCAUUUAAAAAAGAAGUUGCUGCUAACAUAGGAGAUCAGCAAAUUAUUAAUAUACAAAAAAUAAAUACAGAAAUAAAUAACCCAAAGGAAAAACCACCUAUCAAAUUUGUUGUCAAAAGUCAAUUAAAAAACAAAUCAAAAUUCGAAGUUGUGAAUAAAAAAGGUCCUAUGAAAGCAAUUAUUCCAAUAGGAAAUAUGCACAGAAAAAGUAUUACUACACCUCCGAAAUCACCUAAGAAUGUACAACCCUGCAUUAAAAUAUUCAGUAGCACACCCAAUUCGAUGGAAAAUGAAAUUGAAUUUAAAAAAUCUCCUAAAUUAAAACCAAUGGCAUCAUCGACACCAGACUCUCUUAAACAUAAAUCUGUUGUACAAUUGCCAAUGCUUCAACGUUGCGACAAGAUAAAUGCUUCAUGCGAUAUAUCACCAAUAAACGUACAGGAGGAAAUAACUACUGAUAAAUGUAAAGUUUAUCUUAGUCCAAAAAGAGUGAAUAAAUGUUGUUCACCAAGAAGAGGGACGCCUAAAAGUCAGAUAAAAGAGUCUAGUAUUCCAAAAUAUUCCACGUCUCCCGGUGUUCUUGUAAGAGUCCCAUCGCAAGAUAUCAAUAAAUCACAAGAAAUAUCAAUAUCGUCACAAAUUUUAUCUAAAAAAGAAGAAAAUAUUUAUAAAAAAUCACCGAUGACUAGCAAAAAAAUCGGAAUAACAGAGCUGAAAAGUCCUUUAAAAGAUAGUAAUCAUAUUGUUACCAAGGGGAAACCAUUAAAUUUAACUUCUAAACUUCGAAGAAGCAAUAAUAAAAUUAAUGGAAGUGAAAAGGAAAAUACAUUUUCAUAAUAUUCAUGGUGAAAAGCAAAUCAUCGUAUAAAUCAUUAUAUAGUA